UAUAACAAUUUAUAAUACACACAAUGACCUGUUUCGUGGUUGGUACUCCUAGAAAGCCGAUGAACCUAUAAUUAUAUUGUAAUCGAAUUAGCAAAAUCGAAUGACAAGAGUAAGAACAUUGAUAGUGAAUAAGAAUAGAGUGAAAGAAAAAAUCAAAUUCUUAUUAUCUGACACAAUAAAAUGUAUGCUGAGAGAAAGAUAAUUACGAAUAUUGCGAUCUUAUAGGAGUGAGAGUGAACGAAGAUUCGCGAUUUUUCAUAAUAGGUGUGGUGCGAGACGAUAUUUACAAUUAUUUUUGCCAACUGUGCUUCUGCGUUCUACUAUUAUUAUGGCUCAGUGUGAUUUGUGAAAAAGAGGCAUGACGAGUAAGACUAGAAGAGAGAAACGAAUAUGAGAAAGUUAGAUUUGUCAUGAUUUCAAAGAUAGUUUUACAUUUUUAGUAGGUUAUCUAAUGUAUGCCAUCUUUCUCAAUACUGAUUUUCGAGAUAAAGGUAGAUGUCAUAAGUAUAUGAGAGUUGGCGUUAACCGAUCAUUUAAUUGAAGUGAAAAUGCGGCGGUAGUGAUGCGUUUAAAGGGGAAAAAUAACGCUAAGUCGUUUCAUAGCGUCUAUAAGGUGCUUUCUCGUAUAUGUCGAACAGUGGACAAAGUUCAACUUGAUGGUUUCAUGGCGGAUGGUGCAGUACCGCCACUAAAGAAUGGGCACAACUCUAAUAAUAUGGGAUUUGCUACACAACCUGUAAGUCCUACUUCAGAUGCCACUAGUACUGUAUAUGCAGUGGGACAAUAUGCGCCAAAAGUUUUGAGAAAUUUAAAUGGCCAACGAUUAAAGAAUCAGUUUACUGACGUCGGCCUUGUUGCCGACGGCAGCAUUAUCCAUGCACACAGAUCGGUUCUAGCAGCGGGAAGUGCUUAUUUCAAUGCUAUGUUUACUGGUGGCCUCGUCGAAGAACAACAAGAAUUGGUGGAAAUUCAUUCUAUAUCAGCUUCAAUCCUUUCGCUCUUAAUAGAUUUUAUCUAUACUGGAAAUGUUGAUAUUACCGAAGACAAUGUCCAAGAAUUGUUUGCUGCUGCCGAUAUGCUUGAACUGGAUGAAGUAGUUUCUGGCUGCAUUACUUAUUUAGAACAACAACUUCAUUAUUCAAAUGCCCUUGGAAUUUAUAGGUUUGCAGAAGCACACAACAGGUUGGAUCUAUUAGAGACUGCCUUACGUUUUAUACAAGUCAAUUUUCCUCAAGUUUCUCAAGAAGAGGAGUUUUUAGACCUGCCCAAAGAACAUCUUGUUCGUUUCCUCAGCAGUGAUUUAAUUCAUAUCGACACUGAAUUUCAGGUCUUCCAAGCUGCAUACAAUUGGAUUACACACGAUAUACCUGCACGAAGAUGCUAUGUAUUUGAAAUAUUAGGUCAUAUACGGCUAAGACUUUGUUCGUUGGCACGUCUGGAAAGAAUAAUAUUGGAAUGUAAAGAUGCCAGUCUCAUUGUUGCUUUGCGCUCUAUAGAAAAAGAUUUAAUAUGUAACAAAGGAUGUCUUGUACCUCUUCAUGCACAGCCUAGACUUUGUGCUAAAAAAAAUAUUUUGGUAAUCGGUGGUUCUAAGAGGGAACAAGCAGCGGAUAGUUGGGGCAGAGCUGCUGAAAGCACUUAUGAGAGUAUUGAAAAAUAUGACACUUUUACUGGUGAAUGGAGCGAAGUAGCACCAAUAAGCAUAGGACGUAUAUUGCCAGGUGUAGCACUUCUAGACGGUAAAGUAUAUGUAGUCGGCGGAGAACUCGAAUCAUGCAUCAUUGCAAAUUGCGAGUGUUACGAUCCUCGGGAUAAUGUAUGGACUUCGAUUGCUUGCAUGGAAGAACCUAGAUGUGAAUUUGGACUUUGUGCCUUGGAUAAUAGCUUAUAUGCAUUUGGUGGUUGGGUAGGAGAAGAUAUUGGCGGUUCUAUAGAAAUUUAUGAUCCGAUCACUAAUACUUGGACGCUUGAAGGGGAACUUCCGGAACCACGUUUCAGUAUGGGAGUUGUCGCGUAUGAAGGACUAAUCUAUGUAGUAGGUGGUUGUACACAUAACAGUAGGCAUCGUCAAGAUGUAAUGAGUUAUAAUCCAGUUACUAGAGAAUGGAAUUACUUAGCUCCUAUGUUAACACCACGAUCCCAAAUGGGAAUUACUGUUCUCGAUGGUUAUAUUUAUGUGGUUGGUGGUACCAAUAAAAAUCAAGAAGUUUUAAAUUCCGUUGAACGAUAUUCUUUUGAAAAGAAUAAAUGGAGCAUGGUAGCACCAAUGAAUAUUGGUCGUUCAUAUCCUGCAGUUGCUGCAGCUGAUAGUAGACUGUAUGUUAUAGGAGGGGAUCAAUCGCAAGAAAUCAAUUUUUACCGUACACAGAUAACUAUUUCUACUGUAGAAUGUUACGAUCCUCAUUUAAAUAAAUGGCAUGAAUGUGCUUCACUACCAACGAGCAGAGGGGAAGCAGCAGCUAUUGUUGCACCCUUUUGAGUGAAAUUUUAAAAAUUGUACACUUCAUACAUAUUUCGUAUACAUACACGUGUUCCUCUCUAAAAUGCAAAUCAUUGCAAGUUGUUAACGCAAGCAAGAGCAUACCAUGACUAAUUGGAUGUGUUUAAAAAAAAUCAUGUAUUUCAAAUUAUUUAUAUAUACAUACAUACAUAUAUAUAUACAUAUAUAUAUAUGUAUGUAUGUAUAUAUAUAUAUAUAUAUAAAACAUUUUCCUAUAUAGAUUACGCCUACGUAAAUUUUAAGUAAUUAUAAUACAUAAUAACUUCCUUUUGUAAUAUAAACAAAGUGCUAAGCGAUUUGAAAAAAAAGAUGAAAGAAUAUUCUAUUAAUGUGGCUAAACAAAAAAUAUAAGAGGUUGCAUUAAUUUUAUCAAUGCUCCUUAUUGCUACAACUGAUAAUGUUACUCAUUAUAAAAGAAAUUUCCAAAUGCUUUAAUAGAUUUAUUAAAACAUAAAUGAUUUUAUUAGUUGUAGAACGGACUGACGACAUUUAUAUUACAUAUACUCAUCUACCAAAGCUAUAAUAUUAUUCUAUUGUAAAUUUGUCACGCCAAAAUAAAAUAAAAACAAAAAAAAAAUAUAUAAUAAAGAUUAUAUCACGAAGGAAGGUGUUAUAUAAAAAUACUCGUUAAUUACGAGUGUAUUUACGAACCUAUUUCAUGAUAAAUAUAUAUACGUUUUGCUUCUCUUCGAUGAAUCGCGCAUGUGAUCUCACUUUUUGUGAGUCUACAACUGUUUAGCAUAAUAUUGCUUAUACAGCUGAAUUUAUUUAAAAUGGAAGGUAAAUGUAAAUAAAAACUAUACAUUUCUUAUA